AUCGCUCGAGAGACAAUUUGAAUAAGAGGGAAGUGGGUGUCACGGGAGCGAGUUAAAGGCCCUAAGGAUUACGUAAGUCUCAGGCACCGGCGCGUGAGAAGCCCCAGGACGCCCUCUGAAGUCAGUCUUGAAGUCAUCGAAGUCCUACUAUCAGCUGAAAUCCCUCGCUGUGCUCUCUGAUUGUCUCCUGUCUCUUUGUCUCUUCCUCUCACCCCUCCUUUUUUUCCAUAUCCCUCCCUCUCUCCUUCCUUCCCUCCUUCGUUCCCCCAUAUCCUUCCUUCCUUCCUUCCACGACAGGUCUGCAACGUGUCCCCUUCAUGCGAGUGUAACGUGGCUUUGGCCUGGCUUCUCGACGUGGCUUGUCCAGACGAGGGAGAAUUGGCCCUACCUGGCCCCCCUGCCCUUCCCUUACCCACCCACCUGGCCCUAGGGGACGUACCCACAAGGGGGAAGGAGGGAGGAGGAGGAGAAGAGAGCCACGAGAGAGAGAGAGACAGAUAGAGAGAGGAAGAGAGAUAACCAGCGUGCCACCGAGAGAGAGAGCGAGAGAGAGAGCGCGAGUGAGUGAGCUCGUGAGAGAGAGAGAGGAGCUCGGUUCACUUGUGCCCGGAGCCUCGCCGCCAUGGGACGCUUCGUGUUGAUUCUCUUCGUCCUCCUCACCUUUUCAGGAGUUCAAAGCAGGAUGGUGAGGUAGGCCAUGUGUAAUCGGCCCGGAAGAGACAUUGAAAAAAUAUAUAAGUGGAAAUCGCGUUAUUUACAGGUCGUUAACUUCGCUAUUUGAGAGAGAAAAUAAGAAAUGGAAAAAAUGGAAUGACUAAGAUUGAUUUUAAGUCGCGUUAUAGAAAGCUGAGAGAACUUACUGAGAAAAGAGAGAUAUAGAAAUAAAAAUAGAGAAAAAACAAAACAAAAGAAAAGCUGCAAGAGAGAACACCAAUAACAGGAAUGGAAAAAUAGAAACGAGAAGCCGUAGGGAAAAAAAGCGGUAGCGAAAGAACGAGCGAAAGAGAGAGAUAGAGAGCUAGAGAAAGAGAAGAGAGAGAGCGAGCGCGGGCGUCGGACAUCGGAAGUAGCCAUGGCAUUGGGCGCGCUAACGACCUUCGUGGUGCUGGUGCGUUGGGGCUUGGCGGGCACCCUGACCGUGGGCGUCGGGAGCCUCAGCUGGCUGGUGUGGGGCGCCCUCCAGUGUGCCCUCGCCCCCGCCCACGCCUUCGUCCUCCUCUCGUCGUACCCAGCGUACAGCCGCCAGUUCGAGGUGGGGACGCUCUACACGUACGUCUACGAGACGUCGGUGCUGCUGAACGAGCCCCAGGCGCUGCCGGUGUCCACGGCGAAGGAUGUGGGCUUCCGCGUCGAACUCUCGGCCGAGGUCACGCCCGUGUGGCAGCACCCCGGCAACGCCCACGAGCAGAUCCUGCAGCUUACGAUCGUGGCCCCCAAGCUCUCGGUGAAGUCCCGCCAGGGGCCGACGCCCGGGGACUUCGCGCACAAAUCGUCCAAGCUGGAACAGUACAAGCUGCACCCGGUGUUCCUGCACUGGAACGGCGGCCAGAUCGGGAAGGUGCACCACUUCGAGGGGGAGGAGGCGUCGCUGCUCAACGUGAUGAAGGGCAUCUCCAGUUUGUUGCAGCAUCAACUAAAGAAUGUGAAGCAGAGAGAAAUGGACUCUUCGGGGAAAUGCGAAGUGACCUACAACAUGGUCGACCCAACGCACGUCACCAAGUUGAAACGGAAUUGCAAAAACGUCAUUCCAGUGCAGUUCUUCAACCAGACCAGCAAGGUCCUGGGUGCUUUGAUUGACAGUGAAGCAACCGCCUCAUAUGUGCUGAACCCAGACGACAAGAUCAUCGAGAAAGCUACCUCAAUGGAAACCCACUUCCUGCGAGUAGAGGCGCGGAAGCAGUCUGGGGCGGAGGUGAUGAGCAAGCAGAACCUCCAACUCAAGAGUCGCAGCAAGGUUAACAGCCCUAAAUACACAGGAAACACAGCUGCUGAAGCAUUACGAUCCAUUGCCAAAAAGUUGAAGAAAUCCAUCGUCACAGAACAGCUUACAACUAAUCCUGAGGCAAAGGAGUGUAUUUCAUGCAAAUCGUUGAAGGCAUUGAUCAGCAGCUUCUACAACACCCUAAGCCCCAAGAACUUGGGCACGCAAGGCUCGGCUAUCGCUUUUGUGAGGCUGCUGAGGAAGGUGCGUGAGAGUGACCUCGACACCAUCAAGGCCAUCCUCAAGGAUAAGAAGAAUGCCAAGAUUAUGCCUCAGCUCCUCGACAUCUUGGCAGCGGCUCAGACGAUUCCCUCGCACAAGGCCGCCAUGUCCGUGCUCAAUUUCGGCGGCCCGAUUGACAACCCCGAGCGGUACCUGCUGAGUCUCUCCUUGGCAACACAUCCUUCAGAGUUUGUCUUGCAAGAUUUAAUGACACUUGCAAAGAAGGGUCUCAAUAAUGACAAGCUGUAUGAGACUCUCGUUUUAACAAUAGCCUCUGUCAGCCACACUUUCUGCAAAGUUUCCAACAACUGCAAAAAGCCUAUUAUUACUGAAGUCCAAGAAUUUAUGACAAGUAAGUUGGAGAACUGCAAGAGUGAAGAUUGUCAGCUGAUUUACAUCCGUGCUCUAAAGAACUUCAGGAAAGCAGAUACAAUGGAGGUCCUCCUGAAGUAUGCGGAAGGCAAAGCACGCAAACCAGCAAUAUAUGCAACAAGAGCAUUGCAAACUAUGCCUGGUAGUUACAUCACUGAAAAGAUCCUCAAGAGACUAGAGCGAGUUUUCCUGGAACUGAAUCAGCAGCAUGACUCUAGCGUUCGAGCCAUGGCAGCAGAUAUUAUCCUGCAGCAUCAGCCCAGUGAGGAAUUCCUGAAAGCACUGUUCCAUGUCAUGACCUCGCAUGAAACCAGAGAGCUGAACACCCUCCUGCUGGGGCGAGUUUCUGACUUGGCCAGAAAGGAUGAACAUUUGCAGAAGUUAUUGAAGACUAUUCUAGUGAUGCCAACUUUUAACAAUUACCACAUCCAUGGGCAAGGAGGCUUGUCAUCUGCAUUCUCAAGAAUGCUUGCCGAGGACAAAAGUGCCAACUCCUCCUUCAGCAACAUGCUCGAAAUCAAUGGGGGACUCCUCAAGAGGUCUACAGUCGAUGUCUUUGUGAACACUGAAGACUCUCAGAUGAGGCUUCUUUCUAUUGGCAUUUUCGCCGGUGGACUUUCUGUCUUCGGAGGAGAGGACGCAGUCGACGAUGGAGAGGAGGCCAACGCUGGUAUCGAGAUGACCUUGAUGGACACACAGCUGCGACCUUUUGUGUUCUUCACGGGCCAAGGGGAGCUGAUGGGGCAUGUGUGGGCUGGCACAGGGUCAGAGAAGACCACAGCACUCCAGGGCUCCUUGCUGCUCCAAGACCACCUCCAGAUCGUCCCUCUGCAGAAUGGUUUUAAUGCUGAACUCCUUCUCAAUGGUGCCAUAUCCUAUGACUUCUCUGGCCAAGUACAAGUGUCUCUCUGGAAUAGGAAUGCUCACAGUCUAGUGGAAGUUGGGGCCGCUAUGAUUGUCCAAGGUGUAGCUAGAGUCGACAGCUCCUUCGUGCAGACUCUCAUUGAGUUCAACUCAGGGGGGCAGACGCAGCUCAACUUCGUCACCGACCUUGAGUUCUACGACGAAGUCAUUAUGUGUUUACAAAUGGUGCAACCCAACUUCGAGGUUGUGAACAAUGUACGAAAGCUCGAGCGCAUUCCUGGAAGCAAUUACGUGUUGCGUAAAUACAAGAAAAAUACAUCUCCUGUUCCCGGUAAAACAUAUGUAAUGAAUAAGAAAAAUACUGAACUAUGUAAUAAGAUGUUUAAUAAAUAAAUUGAUAUAUAUAUUUUUAACUAGCUUAUUUAGAUGUUGUAUCAGUCAUAGGAUAAAAGAAUCAUUGGUUUUGAUAGAAUUUUUUCUUACAUUUUAUAAAAGACCAAGAUAGUAUGCCAGAGUAAAUGAAAAAGCCAUUGAACAAAGUCGGGUACAAUGAACAGUCAGUUUUGACAAUAGAUAGGGAAUACAAGUUUGACUAUUUACAAACUCAAUAUACGAUACUCAUUCCACCAUAAAAGAUACUACAUAAGAGAACAUUGCCGAUUCUUUGUUGUGAUUUAUUUGUCCUCUUACAAAGAAUUAUCUAAGGACUUGCCAGUAGCUUAGACUUCACCUUUGGUGCCUUUUAUACCGUUGUAGACAUGUCUUCUACCUCGCCUACUACUGUUGUGUCUCAUAGACAUGAUAUGGAGUCGUACACAAGGUCACAAUGAUGAGUGUGUGUAGAUAGGUAUAUUUUUCUUUAUACAGUGGGCUUUAAACUCGUGUCGUAUUAAGACUAUUUUUGUGGGCAUAAAGAAAGGAAAGACCAAUUGUUCUUUUUCAUUUUUCUUUUUUUUUUUCUAUUCUUUCUAUUCUUUUUUUUUUUCUUUUUUCUUUAUUUCAGUGGCAUAGUUGGUUGUUUUCCCUUCCUCCUCUUUCUUUUUUUUUUUUUUUUUUUUUUUUAAAGGAUUGACAUGAUAACAUGAAUUAUUAUUUUGUAAUCGUGUAUAGUAGAAAAAAAGGAAAGGAAAAGGACAGGGCUAGUAUUCUCCUGGUAUUUGUAAGAGUCAUUUUAAGUUGGAAAGUAUAGCAAUGCCAGGAGACAGUGCAAAGGCAUGCACCGUGUAUUAUUUUCCGUUCUCCUCGAGGCAUUCCCGUAGCGUUUGGUGCAUUCUCAUUGACGGAACAUUCUCAGAACUGGUGAUAUUAAAGUCAUAUGUUGUGCUUUCAGGGGGUUUGCUCACACAGACAGGUUGCAGUUCUGUAGGUUUUUGUAUUACCUGUUUACUUAAGUUUUCCCUUUUUCCCCGAAGGAUACAAGUGUUGAAAUACUAUUUUUUAAGGAGAUUGUAUUUUCUUGUUUUAAUUUUUUUUUAUUUAUUCAUUUUUUUUAAAGGUAUGCCAGUAGUAUUUUUGGGUGAUAUUCAAGUAAGAGAAGGAUACUAAGAAUGGCAAAAUAACAUUUGUUUUUGCUAUUACAGAAUGACAUUUAGACUUGGGUGAUAAAUAUAUUGUGAUGUUAACAUUAGACUACACUUCUACCUAGAUAACUGUAAUAAAAAUGAAGUACAGUGCAUGUGGGCAUUUCAAUAUCAUUUCUUUUUCUACUCUUUGUCGCACUUUGCAGAAGGCACUUGCUCAUAAUAGUUUUAUUUAACUGCAGCUUCCGAACCGAAAUCCACAAUUCACAAAACAGAAAAGAAGUGCAUUUCCCUCGAGUUCAGCCAUUGGGGGAUAGACUGUGAUAAUAUGCUAAUGUUGUUGAUCAUAAAGACCAUGUUCCAGCCUGGGAGUUAAUAAUCUUCGUCAUCCAAAUCUCUGUUUUUGAAGGUUGAAAGCCACUUUAAUACGAUGAAAAAGCUGUUACUUAUCACUGACCUGUUGUAUUGUCAUAACGCAUUGUUUAUUUAAUGAGUGAUUUACUUUAUUCAGAGAUUUUUUUUAAUGAUUAUCUUCAUUUUUUAUGUUUUCUUGUUAUUUUUUUUAUUUUGAUCAUGAUUUUUGUUUUAAAGGACUGUGCCAAUUUUUGCAUGUCUUUUUCAGAUGAUAUAUAUUUUUUUUUUAUCCUUUUUUUUUUUUGGUUAUUUUGUAUAUACGUGAUUACCAAACCCAAGAAAUAAAAAUUAUCCUUUUAAGGCUUGUUAUAUUGUAUUUUCUUGUACUACCUUUAAAGUGUUACAUUAAUUCACAUGUAUAUUUUUUCUUUUAAUAAAGUACUUUAGGUAA